UAUGUAUUUGAAACAUGAAUAUGUAUCAAUAUAAUCCAUAGAUUUUUUACCAAGUUGUAUCGUCAGAUCACAUAAUGGAUGCCGAUAUUGAGAAAUGGGGAGAAUUGGACGCAAAAUGGAACACCAGCUUUGGCGAAAUACCGAUUUCACACAAAAAGCCGACAAUUCUAAGAAUCAAGGUCAUAAGCGGGAAUAAUAUCAACCGAAAUAACAUUCACGAUUAUGUGAGAUAUCCUAAUCCAAGAAUUGAAGUCGAAUACACAAAAGCAAGGGGGACUAAAAUAUUCUGGACAAGUUCAAAGCCUGGCACUUCUAAUCCUGAAUGGAACGAAUCGUUCAGAAUAGUAUUGCCAGACAUUGAGGAUGGAAAAUCAAACGAUAGUGGAAUAAUUAAAUUUCGCUUGCUUGCCAAUGGUUACAUAUUCUCAAACGUGUGUGUAGCGGAGACAGACUUCAACCCUGAUUCCAUCAAAAUUGGAGGAAGUAUUGACGGUGACAUAUCUUUUGGCAAGAUGGGAAAAAUCAAAAUCAAAGUUACCAAAAAGCAAAAAACUCACUUAAGAAUUUCUCACGCUCUGUGUGAUGCAGAAAUGCGAAUAAGAAAAAAGAGAGUUCCUAAAGUAAUGAGAGCAAUGCAAAAAUUGCUGGGAAACGAAGGAGCACCUCAGAACAUAUUUGAAACGCCCAUUAUAUCAAUUGUUGGCUCCGGGGGAGGGAUUCGUGCAAUGACUGGCAUGUGUGGAGUUAUGGAAGGAUUGCACAAAUCUGGAAUAUUAGAUUGUAUGAUGUAUGCAGUUGGAACUUCAGGAUCGUCUUGGUAUCUCACGAGCGCGUACGCAAGAAAAGCAAUGAAUGAAAAAGACAGGGAAAAAUAUCACUUGUGGUUGCGACAGUCAUUCACAACAUCUGCAAUAUGGGAAUUGUUCAAACCCUCGAACAUGUUGACGGGAAGACAAGUCCGUAAUGCUAAAACUGAGAUAGGUCAGCCUUUCACCUUUGUUGAUUACUACGGAAUAUGUACUGCUAUCAAGGCUGUGGGCAAUGAGUUUGCAACUACAAAACUCUCCGACAUCAGAAGUUACGUAGAGCCUGCGGAUGUUCCAUACCCUAUAAUGAAUGUAAGCCAAGUUCAGGAUGACAAUGCAGUGGACCAAUACAAUGCCGAUUGUAGCUUUUCUGCAUACGAAUGUGAAAUACCCCAAUACGGAAUUAACAUCGAUAUGAAAAAACUUAACAGUCAGUUUUACAACGGAGCAAUGGAAAAACAUUUGCCAGAACCUGAUCUGAGAUUUAUUCUUGGCACCCUUGGAAGCGUUUUUGGAGUUAGUUUAAAAAAAAUAGAAGGACUCAUGAAAGAACAAGAAGACGACGAAGUCGAUGGAACUCCAAACUCUAAAAUAGAGGAAAGUAAGAAACUUGAAAAGGAAGAACCUAAACCGUCUAUGUGGAGCAAACUACCGCAUUUCCUUGGACGGAAUGGGAUGAUAAAGAGAACUGGCAAAAUAUUGAACGUAGCUAGAGGUUUCAGCAACAUGCAAAGAUUUCGAGUGAACCCUAAAUCCGGAGAGGACGACGAAGAAAUCCUGGACGGCUUUGACGAACAUAAAACUGUUCUCGAUUUGGUUGACGGAGGUAUUUUGUGCAAUGUGGCUGUCGACGCCAUCUUGCGUCCACAACGUCGCAACGAUAUAUUGAUAAUUGCGGACUUUACGGGAUAUGAUGCUGAAGUAAACUUCGAGACGCUAAAAUCAGCUAUAGAUCUAGCCCAGGAAGGCGGUUACAAAUUCCCCCCUGUUGAUUUGAAGAAAAUAAAAAGAGAAGCAGUACAACAGUUUUACAUAUUUGAAGACGAAAACGAUCCCGAAUGUCCAAUUGUGUUUUGGUUUAUGACAACAACGAAAAAGUUUUCGCAACUGAAGGACUACACUCCAAAACACCCUGAAGUCUUGAAAGAUUUACCUCCUGGAAAAAGAUUCAACGAAUUCAGCGUUUACAAUUCCGACACUUACGAUACGUUUGAUCUGAAGUACACAAAUCUUGAAUUUGAUAGAUUUUGUGAGCUGAUGGCUUUCAACGUCUCAAGCAAUGCUGAAUUGAUCAAGCAAAAGAUUCGAGAAAGAACUGAACAGAAGAGGAAAUUGAAUCGUGAAAGUUUUUAGCUGACUUUUGUCGAAAACACGAUUUUGCACGAACGCAACUCAAAUGUUCAUAUUUUAUGAUAAAACUUCAUGUACUCAACGUUCACGUGAAUCGUCAACAUACCGUCAUUUUUUUUGCUUAGAGUAAUAGCGUCAUAGGUCAUAAGGUCAGCUGACACGGCUUUCAUAUUGGAGUUUUGUUGAACAUCAAAACGUUUUCUUCAGCUUUGCACCUAAUUAAUUAUACUGCAUUUUUACUUUAAAUGGUCCAUAUAGGGCCUAUACGUAUAUGUGCCGAAUAAUUACCAAUGAAGUUAGGAGUGAGAGUGGUUGCGUAGUCUCAAUCAUCAUUUGAUUUCCUCCUCCAUAAAGGGCGCACAUUAUCUUGAACAAAUACUCGUAUUAUAACAUGCAAAACCACAGUGAUGGCUCCUGUCACAUAUUUUGUGCAGCACUAAUUAUCUAAAUAGUAUUCAAAACGUUGCGAUUUCUUCUGUGAUCUUGCGGAAAUGAGUCCGACAGCAAAAGCAAUUGAUAAACGAAGGUAGAAUCGGUCACAGAUAUAUUAUAUCUUCAUAUACGCUCUAGUCUAAAACAUCCUUUUAAUAUUCUUUUAUUUGAUAUUACAUGCAACGUAGCUUUAAUUGUCAAAUUAUUGUUUCAAUUUUUGACAAUAUAAUAUGUAACAUUGUAGAUAUAUGUCAAAUAAAGCUUUCACUCAAUUGUUA